UCCAGCAGUAGAGCAGGUGCUGAAAGGACAGCUCCCCCGUGAGUAGAAUACUUGAUUCUAGCGGAGGGUCGAGGAGGCGUCCUUUCAUGACCUCUACUGAGUAACGCCUCCCAAAACCAGACCCCGGGGACCCAGUCCAAGUCACUUCUGUGAUUCAUUCAUUACCUUCCAGUUGCUGAAAUAGGGUCAGAGCAGGGUAUGGUGCAUGCAUGCACCUCCACUGCGUUUCUACUUCCGUGUCACAUAUUUGAAGACUGGAGUGGAGCACCGUGUCGCAGAAGGACAGGCAUUGCUUUGGGAUGGCUCAGGGAUUCUUCUCCUUCUUCUUUACAUUUCCGAACCGACACUCAUACAUUUUAAAACCCUUCAUGUGUUGAUUUGUUUUGGUGACACUUCCAAUCGACGUCGUCUUUCACAAUGUAUUAAAACAACUGACAUGUGCCAUAGUGUGCGUCACAUGUUAUGACACCGGGUUUUAGUUCGUCUAAUCUGUUAAGAAGCGUUUCAAGUUCUUAACGGUAAUUUGCGGCAAAAGUUCAAACGGCCUUGUAAGCCUGUGUUACUGCUGUCAAAGUCGGUAGGAGUCAGUGAUACCCCCAUCUUUUGUUUCACAUUUAACGCCUUUCGGGACCAGUCAGUUCCGCUGCACCACUACACCACAAGGUAGGCGACUCAAAUGAUGGCAGAGAGAAGAUACUGGAAUAAGGAAGAUGACACCCCAGUGUACCUAGCCAGACCUGGCACUACAGCUCAAACGCCUCGGGUGAAAUAUGGGGGUAUGUUCUCUGCAGUGGAGGGAGCUUAUGAGAACAAAACGAUUGAUUUUGAUGCCUACAGCGUGGGAAGGAAAGGAUCUCGUACCCCAAGGAGUAGCAGCAAGAAUGACAUGUUGGAUGGGGAAAAUUUCAGUGAGACUGCCAGCGAUGUGAGUGAGGUGUCUGGGUCAGCUAUCAGUUCCCCAGGAGACCAUGACAAGACGCCAGGCAUAGAAAUCAAAUACGUAGGAGGGAAAGAACUGCUGCAAGGCCAGAACAAUGAAAAGAGUGAUCGAUUAUUGAUCAAAGGCGGAAGAAUAGUCAAUGAAGAUCAGUCCUUCUAUGCAGACCUGUAUCUGGAAGAUGGAAUAAUAAAACAAAUAGGAGAGAAUCUGGUGGUACCAGGUGGUGUUAAGACAAUUGAAGCUCAUGGACGUAUGGUGAUACCUGGAGGAAUCGAUGUGAAUACCUAUUUGCUAAAACCUCAUCUUGGAAUAUCCACUGUUGAUGACUUCUAUCAGGGAACAAAAGCUGCUCUGGCUGGAGGAACUACCAUGAUAAUUGACCAUGUGGUUCCCGAACCUGGUUCCAGCUUGUUGGCUGCUUUUGAAAAGUGGCAUGAAGCUGCCGAUACCAACUCCUGCUGUGAUUACUCACUGCAUGUUGACAUUACGAACUGGAAUGAUGGUGUGAAAGGGGAGCUGGAGAUUUUAGUACAAGAUAAAGGUAUCAAUUCAUUUCAACUCUACAUGGCAUACCGAGACCAGUAUCAGAUGUCUGAUAGCCAGCUCUAUGAAGCAUUUAGUUUUCUUAAAAGUCUUGGAGCUGUCAUUCAGGUCCAUGCUGAAAAUGGAGACUUAAUAGCUCAGGAACAAAAACGAAUCCUAGAAAUGGGAAUCACAGGACCAGAGGGACAUGCCCUAAGCAGACCUGAAGAGUUGGAGGCAGAAGCUGUGUUUCGUGCCAUCACUAUAGCCAAUAGGAUCAACUGCCCAGUAUAUAUCACCAAGGUGAUGAGUAAAAGUGCUGCCGAUGUGAUUGCCCAAGCCAGGAAAAAAGGAUCAUUAACAUUUGGAGAGCCAAUCACAGCGAGUUUAGGGACAGAUGGAAGCCACUACUGGAGCAAAAACUGGGCAAAGGCUGCGGCUUUUGUGACUUCACCACCUCUUAGUCCUGACCCCACAACUCCGGAUUACCUGAUCUCACUCUUAGCAUGUAGUGAUAUGCAGGUGACAGGAAGUGGACACUGUGCCUACAGUACUGCACAGAAAGCCAUUGGAAAGGAUAAUUUCACACAGAUUCCUGAGGGAGUUAAUGGAGUAGAGGAAAGAAUGACUAUAAUAUGGGAGAAGGGAGUGUCCUCAGGCAAGAUGGAUGAGAACCAAUUUGUAUCUGUCACAAGCUCCAAUGCUGCUAAAAUAUUUAAUCUGUAUCCAAGGAAGGGGAGGAUUGCAGUUGGCUCUGAUGCUGACAUAAUCAUUUGGGAUCCAGAUAAAAUGAAGACUGUCUCAGCCAAAAGUCACAAAUCGGCUCUAGAAUACAACAUUUUUGAAGGAAUGGAGUGCCAUGGAGCCCCACUAGCAGUCAUCAGCCAAGGAAGAAUAGUGUUUGAAGAUGGCAAUCUUCAUGUCACCAAAGGAAAUGGGCGAUUUAUUCCUCGGAAACCAUUCCCUGAGCAUAUCUAUCAGCGCAUCAAAAUAAGGAAUAAGGUUACCAGUCUGAAUGGGGUCUCCAGAGGAAUGUAUGAUGGACCUGUGCAUGACAUUCCAGCUACUCCCAAAUAUGCGACUCCUGCACCUUCAGCCAAAUCAUCGCCAUCUAAGACUCAUCCUCCUCCAAUCAGAAAUCUCCAUCAGUCCAAUUUCAGUUUAUCAGGAGCUCAUAAAGAUGACGUCAACCCCCGCCGUACCGGACAUCGCAUUGUUGCACCACCUGGUGGCCGUUCAAAUAUCACAAGUCUUGGCUGAGCAUUCUGGAUAUGGGUCAGACCAUAAAAUGAUGUGUUCCAUCUGUAUCAGUAUUACUAACCCCCCCAAUUGUCUGAUACAGAAUAAAAGAGAAAAUCAGUCUCUGUUUGUUGUAUAGGAAGAGAUGAUGAUAGUGUAAUGUAUUUGCUUGGAACUGUUUGCCUCACAGUCGUGCUUUUAUGCCAUAGUCACUUUGCAGCAUGGUACUUCUUUUGCCCUUUAGUGACUGGAAGGUAUCACUUUUGUCUUGUAAGUAAUUAGUAGGUCUCUGUCCUUCCCCCUUUAGCAGCUGUAGAAUAGUGAUUGCAUGGCUGAGGUAUAUCUAUUUUUAUUUAUUUAUUUUUUUUUUUACAUAUAAAGUUGUAGGCUGUAUGUAAGUCCUUGAAGCACAAAUUGGAAAAUGUUCUGAUCAAACUGACAGUUUAGGGCCUAUGCAUUAACACUGUUAUUAAACGAUUUAGAGCACUGUUCUCUAAGUGUGUUAGUGAUAGACAUAAUUACAUAGUGUCCUGGUUUUAAAAACUCAAAAAAAAGAGCUUAGUAUAAUUUUUAAUUAAAACGUCUUCGCAGCUGUGCUUAAUUUUAUGUUUGGCUUACAUAACAGACUAGCACAUUGUGUAAUAUAAAUGAUCAUUUGAAACAUAAUACAAUAACUGAAGGCACUGGUAGUUUAUUUAUAAAUAGAAACAUCAUCUGUUAGAAACUUUUUUACAGCUAAACAGUAGUGAUUGUCUACACAGGUUUUUGAAAUGUGUCUAAAAUUUUCAAGUCAUGCUCUAAUUUGGUAGGGUUUUUUACCACAUCUUUAUUUGUAUUCACAUAUAUUUUUACUUAUUACAGUGUGCCAAUAAUAACAUGUUUGCACCGAGUUGAGCAUCUCAUGAAAUAAAAUUAUUUGAAAGCCUG